GGCAAAUAUGGGAAUGUAUUACAUUUUUGGUUUAAAGCAGAAUUUAACAUACGUUACGUAAUGAUAAUAUAUUAGUUACUAAGUAUGAUUACAAAAUUACAAAAGAAAACACAAUUUAAUGCAUGGCCCUCUAAAUAUUAUAGUAUAAAUUUUGAAACAACAGUCCACCUGAAACGAAUAUUGACUGACCGGUCUUCUUCUUCUAGGUUUUCUCACCAACUUUCCCUCCUUGUCCUCUCCCUUCAUCUUCCUCCUCAAACCCCUAAAUUUCAGCCACCGGAAGGAUAUCUCUUUUUGAACUUUUCUUACCACAACCCAACAAUUCGGCGCAUCAACCAAUUAUUACAGCCAACAAACGAGGUAAUAAUUCCCUCUGCCGCUCUGAUUUUGUCUUAUUGCUAUGAUAUAUGUGAUGUGUUGAUGAGAACUUUCCAUUUCCAGACAACCCAUUUGAUUUUUUGAACUGGGGAAAUUUGGAAAUGGUUUCUUGUGGUUUAACUUUGGAAGGCAUUUUAGGUAUAAGAGUUUGAUGUUGGCACUAUGCAUUCAAGAUUAGUGGUUACGGAGGACAGCAAGGAUUUUGGCUCUGUAGUUAGAAUUAACCAAAUGAGAUUUUAUCCUACAAUGAGGAUUCUUCAAUUCUUCUUGAUGUUUAUAGUGUUGGGUCUUGGUGUUUCGAUUAUUAGUAUGAAUACCAUUAGGUAUUUUGGAGUUCGAAGUGCUGCCCCUGUAGUACCAUCCGUGAGUAUUGUUCAGCCUCGCUUGGAGGAGCCAAGUGGCAAUGGCAUAGAUAGUUGGAUUAAGACUCCUUCAGAUCUUCUUCACAGCAUGAGUGACCCAGAGCUAUUAUGGCGAGCUUCCUUUGUUCCUCAAGUAAAAGAGUAUCCCUUCAAGAGAGUUCGCAAGAUUGCCUUUAUGUUUUUGACGAAAGGGCCUUUGCCUAUGGCCCCUCUUUGGCAACGGUUCUUCAAGGGUCAUGAAGGGCUUUAUUCCAUUUAUGUUCAUACUGCACCAUCAUACAUUGCUGACUUCCCACCUUCAUCUGUGUUUUAUAGAAGACAGAUCCCAAGUCAGGUUGCAGAGUGGGGCGAGAUGAACAUGUGUGAUGCUGAGAGGAGACUGCUAGCCAAUGCAUUGCUUGACAUCUCCAAUGAGUGGUUCAUUCUCUUGUCCGAGGCUUGUGUCCCUCUCCACAGCUUUCCUACAGUCUACCACUACAUUGCAAGAUCCCGCUACAGCUUUGUAGAUUCGUUCGACGAGCAAGGACCCUAUGGAAGAGGACGCUACAAUACGAAGAUGGCACCUGGGAUUAACAUCACUGACUGGCGCAAAGGUUAUCAGUGGUUCGAAGUCAAUCGGGAACUUGCAGUGAAGAUAGUUAAAGAUAAAACAUACUACCCUUUGUUUAAAGAGUUUUGCAGACCAGCUUGUUAUGUCGACGAACACUACUUCCAAACAAUGUUGAGCAUUGAAUCGGCAAAUCUUUUGGCAAACAGAAGCCUUACUUUUGUGGACUGGUCGAGGGGUGGUGCUCAUCCUGCUACAUUUGGGAAGUAUGAUAUCACAGAAGAAUUUUUCAAGAAACUUUUUGAAAGCAAGAGAUGUCUUUACAAUGAUCAACCUUCUUCUCUCUGUUUCCUUUUUGCUAGAAAAUUUGCUCCAAGUGCCUUAGAUCGUUUGUUAGAAGUAGCUCAAAAAGUUAUGGGGUUUUAACAAAAUCUAGGCUUCAUAAAUGUUUCAUUUUUAUAGGUUCUAAUGGAAUUCAUCAUAAAUCUUAGUUAGUCUGUCCC